GUAUACAUAUUUAUAGUAUUUAUUAGCAAUAUAGAGAUUUAGAAGUUCGUGAGUUAUAGGUUUUAUGUGACAACGCUCAGUAAUUACUGGCGCGGCUCAGAGAAGAUCGUGGCGCGUGUAAUUUACUAAAGUUUUACUUGAUUUAUGUAGCGUCGUAUCGUUAGGUAUGGGGUGCGGAGGUCGCACAAACCCCUCCAGUCGGCCAUCCCUUCCGGAGCCGGUUUCCUUCCUAUAUAAACUGUUCGUAGCUGCGCUAUGGUCACAGUCAUCGUAGUUUAGAUCGCGUGUCGCGAGAACAGUGGAACCUUGUUUGUCCUCCUGUUUAACUGGGAGUCAAUACGUCGGAAUUCGGUCGAAUCACAAGUUUAACACACGUUGUUACUGAAUAUAGGAAGAAUUAUCAAUAAUCAAGAUAUAUGUUUGAGAAAUAAAAUAAUACAAAACGUUUUUUUGUAUCUAAAAAUUUUAAGAAUAAGAAAUAUGGUAAACUAGAAAAUAUUUGUAAAAAGGAAACGUUACAUCAGUUAAUGCAAAUUGCUCGUGUUAAUACUAUAUAUAUUAAUUACAUUUUAAAAAAUAAUUUGAAAUUUCUGAUGUAUUUCUUUCUCGUAUAUUAUUGUUAAAUUAAUAAGUUAAUAAGUAAAUUAUAAUUGAACAAUGCCAGCAAUAUGGUCGUCAUCAGAAAGACCAAUAUCCGUUCGUACUAUCUGGGUGGACGGUAUUCGACACGCGAUCUUAUCACCCGAUGAUCCAUUGAUCCAUUCCAAAUCACGUCGACGUUCACGUGUAUCAAGGAAUAAAAGUUACUCAACGGAGUAUCAACAGUUGGAAUCAAGACUGGAUCGACUGAACAAUUGUUUCACAAACUUGCAGAUGAAUUUCGACUAGUACUUCCGAUACUAGUAUCUUAGAAUCUAUCCUAAAUAAUAAUAGAAAAUUUAAAACGAAGUAUCGCUGUCAUAAAGCAAUGAAAGAAGACCCAGUAUGUUUCAUCGACAAAGAAAUUCUUAAAAGUGACAUUUGUGAAAGAAGAACAUCAGAGUCAGAGCCAGAUUUUAAACUAAAUAUAACAGAAUGUGGACAAACGGAGGGAACAUCCGAUACUUUUUGGAAUCCAUUAUUCGAAAGGGUGCUCCAGUGGUUGGAUUUGUCUGGGAAAACGCAAAAUUUCAAGAACGAUUUCGAAGACCACUUUGCGGUAAGGCCAUCUGAUGAGGAGGAACAAAAAUGGAGUGCUACUAAGAGGAGACUUCCCCGUCUGAAACGUGAUCCUUUCGAAGAUAGAGAACGAAUAACGAUGAGAAACAACAAAUUACCUAGAGAGCGUAAUUCAGAACGCCUUAAAAAGGAAGAAAAUAAAAUGACGCAAAGUCGGUUGCCCAAGAUAAAGAAUACGAGGGAACAGUUUCAAGAAUUGAACGAAAAGUUAAAUAGCGCAAAAACGUUUCCAAAGUCUGACGGAGAUGAAACGAAAAAUGAAAUGAAAGAAAAAACAUCAUCGACGAUAUGGUGUCCUCCUAGCCGAUUAAAGUUGCACGUAGUAAUACCGAGUCUCGCUUGCAAAGAGUUCUACGCGUCCUCGCAAGAAUCAUUGGUAGAUGACUAAAAACAGUAUUUAAUCAGUCAUAUCAUUACAUGCAUAUUAGCAGCAGUCUAAUUUACAUCAGAUCUCCAUAACAUAAUGUUCUCUAAAACUAAUAUCAUUUUUUGCUGCAAGACUAUCUCUAACAGGAAUCUUAUAAAUCUAUAUAGAUUAAUCAACUAUUAGAACCUUUAUCAUAAGUGAUAUAAUAUACUGUUUCUAGUGAUAGAAUUUUAUUAAAAAUCCCAACAUGUUUAAUACAAGUACUUACAUCAUCUAAAGGAGCAAUUGAACACAUUAAAAAAUCUAGUUACGCACACUGACACUGUGAAAUUAAAGCAACUAUUAUCGUGCUCGCACGCUUUCGUUACACAAGAGGCUGUGUCCUUAGGUCUUCCGGAUUUUCCUCUCGAUAAUUUGACAUCGGUUGCUAUUAUACUGGUGUUAUCCGUAUAAGCUAUUUUUGGCAAAGGAGGGUCAAUUGGCCGUCGAAAGCAUCCUCGAAACGUUUAAUAUACCGAAACCAACGAUGCACGACGUUAUGAUUUCAAAAUAUGUAAACGUAGAUAGGAAAAAUGAAGAAGACAAUUCAAUGAGUGUCAGUAUAAAGCAUCCUUCUGGGGAAAUAGGGUUGAACGUUUCUUGUGGCACGAAAAAGAUUAAUGAAAAAGCACAAGAAAGUAAAUACGUAGAAACGAGUUAUCAGAAUAAUUUAUUGAUAAGUUUAUUGGAAUCGCAUGUUGUUUCUGAUAUUUGUUUGAUCGGCCCAAAAGGAUGUGGGAAAUCAAUAACUGUACAAACAUUAGCUAAUUUAUUAGGGUACGAAGUCGAGCCUAUCGUAUUGUAUCAGGAUAUGACAUCUAGAGACUUGAUACAACAACGGACAACAUUGUCCAAUGGUGAUACGGUUUGGAAAAAUUCGCCGCUAGUCGACGCAGCUUUGCAUGGAAAAUUGGCUAUACUGGAUGGAAUUAAUAGAAUCGAUCCUAGCACUCUAGCUAUUGUACAUAGAUUGGUUCACGAUCGAGAGUUACAGCUGCACGAUGGCAAAAGACUCAUCAGAGCAGAUCGUUACGAUGAGAUAAAGGAGAAGUACAAUAAAUCCGACGCAGAACUGCAAGAAUCAGGUGUGCUGCGUAUUCAUCCAUCGUUUCGAAUUAUAGCUUUAGCAGAAUCACCGAUGCUUAACACGUCUUCGAGGCAAUGGUUGAAUUCAGAGCUGCUCAGUUUGUUCGUUUUCCACGAGAUGAGACCGCUCACCAAGUCGGAGGAGCUCCAUAUCGUUCGAUCAAAGUACGGGGAACCUUCCACGGCGUUAUUAAACAUUCUGGAAUUGGCGCACGUACUGCGAUCCUCCAACGAUCCAACUUUACAGUCCUUGGCUAGCUUUCUCAGUACGAGACAGCUUCUGAGGAUAGCAGAAAGGAUGCACAAGUUCCAAACUGACGAUGCUUAUAGCGCAGUGCAACGCUCUUGUCUGGCUCGUUUCUUACCAACGAUAGCGAAACAAGCAUUGGACGAUUGCUGCAAUGGAGUAAAUAUCGUUGCAACGAAAAAUACGAUGGACCAGAACAUCAAGUGUCAAAUUAAUGGGAAUACCGUACAAAUUGGUAAUACGGUUACCAAACGAUACAACACGACAGCGUUGACAAAAGUACCUGAUGUUUUAUUUUAUGAUGUGCCGCAACACGUUGCGCUAUUGGAGAAUCUACUGCAAGACUUUAGUUUGGGACAGAAUCUGUUGCUAGUUGGAAACCAGGGUGUCGGCAAAAAUAAAAUCGUCGAUCGAUUGUUACAACUUCUAAAUAGGCCGCGUGAAUAUAUACAACUACACAGGGACACUACUGUUCAAACUUUGACUCUUCAACCAAUGGUUAGGGAUGGAAAAGUUGUGUACGAAGACUCGCCACUCGUGCAAGCCGUUAAAUUGGGACACGUGCUCGUCGUUGAUGAAGCGGACAAAGCUCCAACCCAUGUUACGUGUAUUUUAAAGACUUUAGUCGAAUCUGGUGAAAUGAUAUUAUCAGAUGGAAGACGUAUAGUAUCUUCUCUAAGUUCCGACGAAGAAAAUUCGAAUAAAAUACUGCUUCAUCCAGAUUUUAAAAUGAUAAUAUUAGCAAAUAGACCCGGUUUUCCAUUCUUGGGAAAUGAUUUCUUUGGAGCACUGGGUGAUCUAUUCAGUACGCAUACGGUCGAUAAUCCAAGCGUUGAAGAUGAAAUUCAACUUUUGAAACGUUACGGUCCGAAUGUAGACGAACAAAUAAUAUUUAAAUUAGUAAAAGCUUUUGGAAAAUUGCGAAAUAUGGCUGAUCAAGGAUUAGUUUCAUAUCCAUAUUCGACUCGGGAAGUUGUUAAUAUUGUAAAGCAUUUAGAGAAAUUCCCACAAGAACCGUUAUCUAAGGUGGUGCGAAAUGUAUUCGAUUUCGAUCGAUAUAGCGAGGAAACAUUUGAUACUUUAGUAUCUGUAUUACACGAACAUGGGAUUCCCAUUGGAACAAGUCCUACUAAUAUUUCGUUAGCGAAAGAAAUAUCUUUGCCGGAAAGCAAAAUUAGUGCUACAUGGAAUUUUUCUAAUAAGCAGGACGUGCUAGGCGUGCAGGAAAAAUAUAUUAAAUUAAAACCGCCGAUAAGUUUAAGUCAAAAGAUUUUACCUUUAGAUCGCGUUGAAGCCAGAUCAGCUUUAUUUACUGAAUUACAAAGUUAUUGGACCAUUCCAAUUAGUGACACCGCCGUAGUCGCAGGUCUGUCAGUUAUUAAAGGUACAAAAGCUGAUGGAAAGGAUGAUGUAAUUAAUGUCCUUACUACGAAUCCAUUAAAGAUCUUUAGCAUGAUUCAAGAAUCAGAUAAAGUUCAGGAAACUACGUUACAUGGAUUAAUAAAUUCUGAAAGAAGCAAUAGACUUCGAUUCACAAUGGCGAGUGAUAAAAAUCAAAAUGUUUUAAUCUACGAAGAAACAAGCAAUGUUCUUUUAAUAGUGAAUUUAGACGAAGGAUUCGUUCAGAAGGUAGAAAUAUUAUCUUUCUUCGAUAUGGCAUCAGAUAAAAUAUCAAAUGCCUUGAGAAAUACAAAUCUUCACCGAAAAAUGAAGACAGAUUUGAUAAAAUCCCAUAAUCAAAUCGUUUUCUAUGUCUAUAAUUCUAACAAGAUAGAAGUGGUCGAUUUAAAUCGUAUGUGUUUCUACACACUGAAUUUACCGUUUGAAAUAGAAUCAAUUUUACUUCCAUCAGAAAAAAGGUGGCUGAUUCAAAGUAGAAAUCAAAAGAAAUAUAUUCUCAAGAAAUCUGUAGAUUCGUCACCGUGUCCAAAUAUUUUACAACAAGUAGAGGAAUCUAGCAAAAAUAAUUUUGAGAAUGAUUUAUUUCUCAGUUGCACUGGCAGCAACUUGAACAGCAAUCUACUUAGUGCAGCACUGAAACAGAAAAUAGAUUCUCCAAAUAGAUUGCUAGUAUCUAACAAUACUUAUGCCACUAUUGCUGUUGGAUUUCCUGAUCUAGAUAGUUUUAACCAACUGCAUACUUGGCCAAGACCAAAACAGAGUAGAAGCUCCGCGCCCCCUGUUUUUAUGGAUAAUGGGCAAAUUAUUAGAACGGUUACGCCUCGUGAAGUUCCUAAUGAUAUUCUUCCGAACACUGGAGCAAAUUUAGGGGUCGUUGGUUAUUUAGAAAUUGUUGAUAUCGUAAAUCAGAAGCUACGAUAUAUACCCAUACCAGAACUAUCCAAUGUAACGCAUAUGACUCAAUUUUUGUAUCCAAACAAGCAGAACUUGUAUAUUGCUCUUAAAUCAAAUCAGGAUCUUGUAACGGUAGAUGCAGGUGGUUGCGUUCGCCUUUGGGAGACGUCACUAGCGAAUAUUGAACAAUCACUUGGAGCUUGGCGAAGAAUGUUGGAUGACGGUAAUGAAAAUUUGCAAAUGACGAAAGAAAGGUACUCUGGCUUGGAUGUUAGUGGCCCGAAACAUGGUAAAAUCGAUGAAAAAAACGAACCGCACGUUGGAGGCAAUACAUGGGCAGGAGGAACCGGAGGAAGGGACACAGCUGGUCUUGGUGGAAAAGGUGGACCUUAUCGCUUAGAUGCUGGCCAUACAGUGCAUCAACUUAGCGAUGAAGAAAAGAACGCGGUACCAGAACAUAUUAAAAAGGCAGCGAGAGAAAUGGGUCUUAAAGCAUUCCAGCAACGACUAAGAGAAAUUAAUAUGAGCGAAUAUGAUCAUAAUCUUUAUUCCCAAUUCAGUGACGCUGUUCAGAAGCAAGUUAAAGCGUUAAGAACUAUAAUAGAUAGUCUACAGGCAAAAAGUAAAGAACGUCAAUGGUGCAGACACCAAACUUCCGGUGAGCUAGACGAUACUAAAUUAAUCGAAGGAUUAACAGGGGAAAGAACGAUUUACCGAAGAAGGGCGGAGAAAGAACCCGAGUUCGGCACUCCUCCGACAAAACCGAAGCGUUUAAAAUUAGUAGUGGACGUUUCUGGUAGCAUGUAUAGGUUUAAUGGCUAUGAUGGACGUCUUGAUAGAGAAAUGGAAGCUUGUGUUAUGGUAAUGGAGGCGUUUAGUGGGUACGAAGGGAAGUUUCAGUACGAUAUCGUUGGCCAUUCCGGUGAUGACUAUAAUAUUGUUUUUGUAAAGCAUACUCAACCGCCGGCUAAUAAUAAGCGUAGAUUGGAAGUAAUAAAGACGAUGCAUGCACACUCACAAUUUUGCAUGUCUGGCGAUAAUACUUUAGAAGCGACUCAACAUGCGAUCGCGAAUCUAGCGAAAGAAGACGCCGAUGAAUGUAUCGUUGUUGUGCUGUCGGACGCCAAUUUUGAACGUUAUGGUAUUCGUCCUGAGCUAUUUACAAAAAUUCUUACAUCGAAUGCAGAUGUUAAUGCAUUUGCUAUAUUUAUUGGUUCUUUAGGCGAUCAAGCUUUCUAUUUAACCAAGAAGAUAGCCUCGGGACGUGCGUUUGUCUGUAUGGAUCUCAAGGAUAUACCUCGAAUCUUGCAACAAAUAUUUGCUGCUUCUUUGUUAAGUACUACAAAAUCAGGUUGAUGUAUCGCCGGUGUAACAUACUUUGUUAUCAAUCUUUAAAUAAAUAUUUAUAAGGAUAUAAACCUUUAA